AGGCGCGUUCAGGCCUCUUCGGACUUGAAGCGGCCGCCAUCUUUCAGCUGGAGGGGGAAGAGCGGGGAGGAGGCUGUCGUCGGUUUUCCUGGCGGGUGAUGCAAAAUGCCAGCUCCUGUUCGAUUGCGAGAAUUGAUUCGCACAAUCCGUGCUGCCAGAACACAGGCAGAAGAGCGAGAUGUCAUUCAGAAAGAGUGUGCACUCAUCAGAUCAUCCUUCCGAGAGGAAGACAACACGUAUCGUUGCCGAAAUGUAGCAAAGCUCAUCUACAUGCAUAUGCUUGGGUACCCGGCACACUUCGGCCAGCUGGAAUGUUUAAAGCUAAUCGCAUCUCAGAGAUUCACAGACAAGCGGAUUGGUUACCUUGGAGCAAUGUUGCUACUAGAUGAGAGACAAGAUGUCCAUCUACUGAUGACAAACUGCCUUAAGAAUGACUUGAACCACAAUACACAGUUUGUCCAGGGUCUGUCUCUGUGUACACUGGGCUGCAUGGGAUCAUCUGAUAUGUGCAGAGAUCUGGCUGGAGAAGUGGAGAAGCUGCUGAAAAACUCUAAUUCCUACAUUCGUAAAAAGGCUGCACUGGCUGCUGUUCAUGUUAUCAGGAAAGUACCAGAGCUGCUGGAGAUGUUUCUGCCUGCUACAAAAAACCUACUUAAUGAUAAGAAUCAUGGUGUCCUCCAUGCUGCUGUUGUCCUUGUCAUAGAAAUGUGUAAACAUAGCCCUGAUACACACACUUAUUUUCGCAAGGUUGUUCCACAACUGGUCAAAUCCCUGAAGAACCUAAUAAUGUCUGGUUACUCACCAGAACAUGAUGUGUCUGGAAUUAGUGACCCUUUCCUUCAGGUGCAGAUUUUAAGAUUGUUGAGAAUGCUAGGAAAAAGUGAUGACGAAGCCAGUGAACAAAUGAAUGAUAUUCUCGCUCAGGUUGCAACCAACACUGAAACCAGUAAAAAUGUAGGCAAUGCUAUUUUAUAUGAAACAGUGUUAACAGUGAUGGAUAUCAAGUCUGAAAGUGGGUUAAGGGUUCUAGCUGUAAAUAUUUUGGGUAGAUUUUUGCUAAACAAUGAUAAAAAUAUUAGGUACGUUGCAUUGACGUCACUUUUGAAGAUGGUGCAGACGGACCACAAUGCAGUACAGAGACACCGGAGUACGAUCGUAGACUGUCUCACUGACCUUGAUGUCUCCAUUAAAAGGCGUGCAAUGGAUUUAUGCUUUGCCCUGGUUAAUGGCAGCAAUGUUCGAGGAAUGAUGAAAGAAUUGCUUUAUUUUCUGGACCACUGUGACCCAGAGUUUAAGGCUGACUGUGCUUCAGGAAUAUUCCUGGCAGCAGAAAAAUAUGCUCCAAACAAGCGAUGGCACAUUGACACCAUCAUGAGAGUUCUCACCACGGCUGGAAGUUACGUCCGAGAUGACUCAGUGCCUCUGUUGAUUCAGCUCAUCAGUAAUGCAAACUCCCUUCAUUCAUACAUUGUGCAGAAGCUUUAUCAGGCCAUUCGUGUGGAUAUUUCACAGCAACCUCUUGUACAAGUUGCAGUGUGGUGUAUUGGAGAGUAUGGGGAUCUUCUGUUGUCGGGGGAGUUUGAGGAGGAAACGCCAGUUCAGGUUACAGAAGAUGAAGUGUUGGAUGUUUUAGAAAAGAUUCUGCACUCCAGUCUCUCAGCACUUGCAACACGUGAAUAUGCACUAACUGCCAUUAUGAAGCUUAGCACACGACUGCAAAGCAGCACCAAUCGCAUCAGAAAGGCAGUUUCGAUCUACGGAAGCAGUUUGGACGUGGAGCUUCAACAACGAGCUGUGGAGUACAAUGCACUCUUCAUGAGGUUUGACCACAUGAGACCAGCUUUACUAGAGCGAAUGCCUCUCAUUCAGAAGAGUGGUACCAAUGGACCCAUGAAUGCUGCGGUUAAUGGUGAAGAAAAGGAGGAAGGGGGGAGCUUACCAGCGCAAGAGCAGCUAUCCCAGCAAGCCCAGGUUAACAAUUUGCUGGAUCUGCUUGAUGACAGCAAGCCAGCUGUAUCACUGCCUGAAGAAAGCAAAGUACAUCAAACAAGGGGAGAGCUGCUGGAUCUUUUGGAUGGAUUAAACGUGCCAGAUUUGCAGUCAUCAGGUCUGUCAGCUGGGCAGCCACAAUUGGUCCCAGAUGGUAUUGCUGCUCCCAGUUUUCAGAAUGCUUCCAGUUUAAAGCAAGGUAUACCUUCCAUCAUCGCAUUCAAUCAAAAUGGGCUGAAAAUAGAGUUUUCUUUUGAACGUUCCAAAGCAAACCCAAAUAUGCUAUUCAUUACCCUGCGUGCAUCAAAUUCCACUGAGGUGGAUAUGAGCAACUUUGUUUUGCAAGCAGCUGUACCAAAGUCUUUCCAAUUACAGUUGAUGUCUCCCAGUGGCAGCAUCAUUCCUGCUAGGAAUUCUGGAGCAGUCACGCAGCUGAUGAGAGUUCUCAAUUCCCAAAAGCACCCAUUGAGGAUGAGGCUGAAGUUGAUGUACAAUCACAAGGAAGUACCAAUUGAGGUAAUGACAGAUGUCAAUGAAUUCCCAACCCAAGCCUGGGAGUGACUUGAAUGUGAAAGUUGAAUCCAUGGACUAGACUUUACACUGUGGUCGCUGGCCAGAAGCUGCUGCAAUAUACAAUCAUCCUGUGGACAAAGCUGGCAUCAGACUUCACCAGUAUUGAGAAGGAAAUUGAUUAUUUCCUGAUAAUUCUACAAGGACAAUACUUCUGUGAUAGAUCCAUUGUAUAUCUGAGGUGGAAUCUCAUGUCUUUAAUCUGUUACCAUGGAUCUGUUUGUAAUAAGAUGUUAAGUAGCUUUGAACAAAAAUAAUACCUACAUGAAUAAGUAGGAACAGAAUCAUGUGUUCAGAACCCAGCCCAUUGGUUUAGCUCAGAAUUCUAUUUAUUUGAAAUAUUCAGAGAAGACACAAGGAAUAUUCAUGUUAUUGCUGUGACAACUUGUACAAUUUAAUACUGUGUAUCCACAUCAAUUUGAGAUUGUUACAUGUGGGUUGUUCCAUUGAUGAUUUUCUUCAGGUAGAAUGCAAACCUCCAAAAGAGCCCCCUUUCCAUGUUCCAAGUAGACCAGAACCCCUGUCCUGCAAACUCAAUAACAGAUUUAGAAGGCUUUUGGCAGUACAAUAGUGUCAUUACGCCAGCACUGAUCCUCUGCUGUAAUGGCCUGUGUUCAGUUGAGGAAUGGAACAAAGUGAGGGUAAAAGCAAUUUCAUUUACAAUUCAGGUCCUUGUUUUCUCCCUGAAGGAAGUCCUGGUGACCAUGAGCCUUUAACCACACAGUAAGCUAUUUUUAAACAAAAAAAGCAUCACUUCCUUUACUGAAGAUCUGCACUCUAGUUACAAACUUGUUUUGCACUGAUAUGAAAGAUAAACAGAAUUUGACACUGGCUACUCACCAAAAUGUGACCACUUUUAAAAGGAAUGAGGUUUAACUGUUGUUCGUUUGAAAUGAGCCAUUUUGCAGGUUCUAUGAUGGACAAUAUGCUCCAGUUCCAGGCUUUGUUUUUUUUUGUUGUUUAUAUUGUAACUUGGUACAGUUCUCAUUUUGUAGCCUUUUUGUUUGCUGUUUCCAGAUGAAUGUGCAAGUCUAUUAAUUGCACGCUCAAAAAGGUGACCUGUCAGCAUAGUACAAUGCUGCUAUUUUGCUUAAACCUGAGGUGAGGUUUUGUCAUAUGGAGAGCAUAAUACGGUUUCCAAAACAAAGGGUUAAUUUUCAUCCAAACAGUUAAUUGCAUCUUUUUUUCCAUGUUCUCAUUAAAUCUAAAUUCUAAACACUAAAGACUGGGCAGCCAGUUUUGCAGUAUUUGUCGUUCCGCCUUCACCUCCAGAAGCUGUGGAAUAUGUAGUUAGUAUUCCUAGCUGCAGUUCACAGAUCAAAGUAAAGUUCUAAUGUUUUAAGUAAAUUCUGCCCACAGCUGCCUUCCAUUUAUGGGCAGAUUAAUUGGGUGAGGAGCGUGGGACUGAUGGGAGACUAAAUUGAAAUUUUUGUUUGUGCAUUUGCUUCAUCCACUGUCACCCUGGUUGGGUGUUUUCUGUUUGUUUUGUGUAAAUGUACAACCUGUCUUACUGUUCUGUUAUGUAGCUACCGAUUGUAGAAAGUGCAAUGCAAGUGGCAAGGUUUGUGGAUGUAAUGUGCAAUGGCCAGCUUGCCUAUGGCUGGAGACAGCAAGCUGUACCACUAAGCCAACCCCAUAUUUAUUAGUUUGAAAUGUAUUUUGAUUUUGAUGUUUGACACAGUGUAUGUCCAUUGGAGACCGGUGGUAAUACCGCUGGGUUCUGUAGCUCUCACUCAGAACGGUCUGUAUUGCAUCACCUCUGUAAGCUGCAUUGCAGUCAAGAACGUGACUACAGUGCAACUUCUACUCGAGCCAUUGACACGUUAAUGAAAUGGAAUCCGUUAACAAUGGUCACCCUGCUGAUCACUGCACCAAAACUCUGACAGGUUAUGUUUUCCAGGUUGCAAGCAAAGGAAACCAGACAACUGCAAAUCUUGUGUUAUCCAGGUGAGAUUUAAUGACUGCUUUUCAGAAUCUGUUUAUCAAAUGAAUGGUGUGAAUCAUAGUGUCUGGAAUAGUUUGGGUCAUUUCCAGUAACACCAGUAUUCGGGCAACGUACACCCAAACAGUAGCAUAAUCAAUGGGCCAACCUCACCCGGCUAUUGAGUUUGCUGGAAAACUGUUGCUGCACCAUCCCAUUUUGCUGUAAAAUAAGUCAUGUUCACAGUUUAAUUUUAUGUAUAUUUUGAAAGUGUUCAAAUGAACUUUUGUUCAGUGAAUGUUGUACACAAUGGUGCAGACACAAAUGUAGGUUGUUAACUUUGUAUCCAGUAAUAAAAGAAAAUUAACCAUGGACAGGUUCUUGUACACCUGGAGAACUGAAAGAUCAGGAGAGGUUCACAGGAGCCAUUUCAGUCUGGUUAUAACUUCUGUAUGGAGAAUGUAAGCAAAAUGUUGAUAACGUGAAUAAAUGGCUCAGAACUGAGUGAAAUGAGCAAGGGCUCAACCCUGCACACAGUGUGGUUUAUUGGUUACAACCAUAGUAAAGGGGGUUUCCUGACUGCAGCUGAAUCUAGCUGGUGCAGGUAACCAUGCUUUUUUUGUAAUCCUGGCUGGUGUCUGACUCUCAGCACAUGAGAUUUAAAACUGUGUGGUGGUUGACUGAGAGCAGUGGAUGUGUUCUUAGGUGAUCUUUUGAAUUGAAUUUCCCUUGAAAUGUUGCACUGAUGAGAUGUGGCAGUGAUAUCUAUUGAGUAUAUCAUGGGCAAAUAGACCAUCCUAUCAGUUCAAUACAAUUUGGCACUGAAUAA